AUGGACCGCCAGGACCUGGAGGAACCCUCUAAAGUGGACGAGAUGCAGGAGCCUCUUCUUGAAGCUCUGAAGAUCUACGUGAGGAAGAGGAGGCCGAGCAAACCUCACAUGUUCCCCAAAACCCUGAUGAAGAUCACCGACCUGCGGAGCAUCAGCGCUAAAGGCGCCGAGCGGGUCAUCUCUCUGAAGAUGGAGAUUCCCGGUUCGAUGCCGCCGCUCAUCCAGGAGAUGUUGGAGAACUCGGAGGGUCAGGACGGCUCGAGCGGCGGGGAGAAGAGCUCCGGGGGCGGGAAGAAAGGAGGGAAGAAGGGAAAGAAAAACAGCGGGAAGAGCAGCAGCAAGGGCAGCAAGAAGAAGAGCGAAACCCCGGCUAAAGAGGAAGAAGAGGAGGAGGAAGAAACCCCUCGGAGAAACGAAACUCCCAACGAAAAAACCGCUGAAUCGCCGGAGUUUCCGGACACCGAAGAGGCUUUUCCGCCCGGAGACAAGUCCUAAAAAAAGUCUCUUUCUGACUUUCCUUUGCCCAGAAAGGAGCAUCCUAGCAAGGCUUCCUCCUUGCUAGGCUUCCCUCCUUGCUAGGUAUCUUUACUUCUAUUCCCCUUAAAAAGAAGACAUGGGAGGCCUCGUGUGAAUCAUUUGGACUCGGUGUUUUGGACGAAGAAGUAAGAGGAGAUUCCCCUCAGGUCUCCUUUGUAAACCCUAAUGCAUGAUGGGAGAUUGAUGAGUGAAUUUAACCCUGUAUUGUCGGCACACACGUUGUAAAUACCAUCGGACGGAGUCUCUGUUUCUAUGAUGGAUUUUGUGGUGCUUUUUAAUCAUUGUCUUAAAUAUUAUCUCUGAGGCGAGCGGGACUGACACUGGUCCUUUCCGGAGAAGUUAUCUAGAAUGUUAUUGCUUAUAGACAUUGCGGAAUAUUUUAUAUUUGUCUUGCUAUAUUUAAAAAACUGUUUUUCGUCUUUUCUAACCCGUCAUGAAUCCGCCAGAAUGCAAAGCUCCUCUCGAGCUCAAAAACAGCCUUCGAUACGCACUCAUCAGAGUCCAGAGGAAUGAACGGCUGUGACCUUUGUUAACCUUUAACCUUUAACCUUUAACCCCGACCAUGAUCCAACUCUAACUGUGUCGCACUUUAUUAUCACCGUCUGGUCGGUUAGGAGGUUAAAGAAACCGAUGCUACGCUAACUCAUCCGGUUAACUCGUCUGAAGGGUCUGCGUUAGUCCUGAUCUGGUUCACAGCAUGAUGAGUUGUUCUGUGGAAAGAGGAGCGUUACCAGGGAAACUAAUCAAUUAGAGAUUCUGAGGAAUGCAGUUCAAACGGACGUCAUGCACUUACGCCAUUGAGCUGAAUAAAUCACGACCAAAACCUUCAAAAAAAGCCCUAAACUGUAGUUUUUUGCAUCAGAGUUGAGGCUUUUAUGUCAAACAAUAAUAUCCUAUAUUACUAGAAAUGCUAUGUUUUGAUUUUGAGAUCUCAGAAAUUAUUUUGAUGAGUGUAUA